AUGCUAAAUCCUACUCUGGUGCCAAGUAACACUUUUAAUUCUGUCUAUGAGUUUAGAAAAGCCAUUAAACAAGCCAAUGUACAGAAGGGGAAGGACUUGGCUUACCAAAAGAAUUCAAGGAAGAAACUUAUUGCAGUGUGUGAAGACAAGAAAUGUAAAUACAGAGUUUAUGGAAGGCAAUUGAAGGAUGAUGCGACAUUCAUGCUGAUUUCAAUUAAGCCCAAACAUACAUGUGCCAGGAGAUACAAGAAUCAUUUGAUCACUUCAAACUGGAUAACUGAGUGGUGCAUGGAUAGUUUUAGGGAUCAGCCGAAUAUGCCUAUAGAUGUCCUCAAGAAAAAGGUGAAGAAGAAGUGGAAUGUUGAUGUCCACGGUAGUUCUUUGUAUAGGGCAAGGAAGAAGGCACAAGAGUCCAUAUUUGGAAAGUUGGGGGAGCAAUACUAUCGUCUAUGGGAUUAUUGUGCAACGAUAAGAAGCACAAACGUUGGGAGCUGCGUUAUUCUGAUGGUUGAGAGACCUAUGCCCGAGGGGGUUUAUAAGGGGCAGUUAAUGGCAGCUGUCGGAAAGGAUGCCAAUAAUAACAUGUAUCCAAUUUCUAUAGCGGUGGUAGAGGCAGAGACCAAGGAUAGCUGGAUUUGGUUUCUCGAGGCAUUAUUGGGAGAUCUUGGCCAUAGUCCACAUGGAUGGACCUUCUUUUCAGAUAGACAGAAGGGCCUCGUACCAAGCCAUCAGGAUGUGUGUCCUAAUGCUGAGCAUCGUACUUAUGUGCGCCACUUGUAUGCCAAUUUCAGAAAUGAAGAUCAUCGGGGGGUGCUAUUGAAGGACAUGCUGUGGAGAGCUGCUUCUGCAUACACACAGCAUGAAUUUCAUACUGUAAUGGAGGAGAUUAAGGGCAUUAAUGCCAAAGCACAUGAGUAUCUUGCAAAGGUUGACCCUAGAACUUGGUGUAGAGGAUGA